UGUAUAGGGCAGUCUUAUUCUUCAUCAUACCCAUUGUCUGUGCUCUAAUUCCGUGACAGGUAGAUCUUAAUUUAUACAGGUAGCGAUCGGAACUUAAUUAUCUGUGAUUAGAUUAACACCUAUGGAGUAUUUUGGGAGACGAGAUAUCCCUCUGGACAACUCGCAGAUGGUUGUGAAGACUGGACAAGCGAUCGUCACCGGCUACCGCUUUGACCAGCCGGCGAUGGACGACAUUUUCCGUGCAUCUCCUGAGCCUGGAAGCUAUUACAGGUGCCCCGUGUCAACUCCUCUGCAUGGAAAGAGACCUACACCGCAGAAGAUACCCGAAAGUGUGACAUUCGUGUCUCUCGAUUUCAGUCAGGUGAAGAGUUCACCCAAACAAAAUGUCUACAAAGGGAUGCCAGCUGGAAAGAAAGUUGUUCCACGUCGGAAAAAUAUGGACUAUUAUUAUGUCGACAAGACUUUCCAAAAACGUAUUGCACGACAAUCUAAUACGUCGUGGCUAAAAGGACUCUGCGCUCAACCCGUGGAGGAAAUCUUUACAAAGUAUAGAAGACAGAGCGAGUUAAAGCGACAACAUACGAUGCUGACCCGCAGUUUCUCUACCCCCGGGGAAAAGGCUAUUGUAGAGGGAUGGGAAAGCAACAGCUCCAAACGACUCAACUCUGCUACGUCUCGGUCCUCGGUCUUCUCGCUCACUACACAAGACACUGUCACCCCAUCGCUAGAGGUCGUGUCUAAACCCUACCGCCAUCACAACUCAGAGGAGGACGUCACGCGCAGCAGUAGCCGUGUUGACGCCAAUCAGCAUGUGACGUCACCAGGAGAUACUCCUCGUGAGUCGGGUUCAGUGUUCAUUACUUCCUCCUCACCAGCACAUCCGCCAAAUAACAUCUCGCGAGAUAGCACGUCUCUACGGCUUAAUAUAAGCCCCGUGGUUGGCAAUGACUUCUAUGAUCAGUUUAAACGACAAUCCUCUAAACUUCCAGAUAUACACAACAAGAAAAAUAACUAUUCUUUUCACAACAGACAACGAAAAUACUACAGUAGUCCUAAUCUUUAUUCAAGUCCACGAGAACAAUCGCCGACAUUCAAAGGAGGUUUGGCGCCUGCGCAAAAGCUUGAGACUUCCAGUACCCUCAACUGUUCCUUGUGUGCCUGGGAUGAAAGCUCAGACUCAUAAUAUUAACGGAAUCAUGUAUAAAGCACAUAUUUGUGAAAAUGGUAUCUUGUUUUCUUGCUCAGAUGCUUAAACAGUUACAGGGCUGGAGUUACUGGUGUUGCAAUACGGUGAACACAUCUAACUCUGAUUUACAUGCAUCUAAUUGUGAUGACGCUCCUUUAAGUGAAGAAUCUCUUAUCACUAUAAUAAUUUUCAUUGAGCAAAAGUAAACAACUGGUCUGGAAACAGACCCCCGCCCCGAAAUAAUGCGUUGACCGUUUUCUGUAUUACAAUUAUAUAAUUAUGCAUUGUUUGGUAAAAUUGUACACAAUUAUGAUAUCAUUCAAUGUGUUAGUGAUAGUGAAAAAGUAAUAAAUGCUUUCAUUUCAA